UGUUCCUCCGGUGGUGAUGCACGCAACGCACGUGUGUUUUUAAAAGUUUAGUGCGAGCGUAUUCCGCAUUUUCAAUAAAAAUCAUCAAAAUGAAGUGGACGACUGCAAAUUUAAAAAAUCCUAAUUACACAGAAAACCAUGAAAUUUACGUAGGAACUCACACUGGUUCCUUCAAAAAAAUCGUAGUUAACAACGAUGAUAAACCCUUCCUGCAGCAGAAUCUUCAAGAUAUUGCCGUACUAGACAAGGAUUCCCGCAUUACAGCCCUGAGUUUUGGAAAUGAAGACAAAUCGGAAGUACUCAUUGGAAGAGGGAGUAAAUUCGUCCAAGUCUUCUCUUUGCAGACACAAACGGCAUCGGCUAACAUCGAAAUGUUAGAUGCCCCCGUUGUCGGUCUGUGUCGAUAUGACAAUCAAUUGAUUGCAGCCUUUGGCACUGGAAAGAUCCAAAAACAACAAAUAGGCGAUGACAUGGAACUAUCAGCAGGCGAUAAUAUUUCCCAUCUACGACAGUGUGAGGUUGAAAGGAAACUAGUUGCCACUGGGGGCAAAGGCCGUCAAAACAAUUUGAAGAUCUUCGAUAUGGACGCUGGCAAACAGGUGUUCUCAUCCAAAAACCUACCCAACGACUUCCUGCAGUUGGAAGUUCCAACUUGGGAUUCAGACGUCGGCUUCAUUGACGCCAAUACCGUUGCUACCUGUUCCAGAUACGGCUACGUGAGAUUAUACGACACCCGUGCUCAGAGGAGGCCAGUUCAAAAGUACGCUACCGAAGAUCAAAUGAGCUUUGCCACCCUAGUAGCCAGAGAUAAUUACAUUUACACUGGAACCACGAUGGGGGCGUUAAAAGCCUUCGACACACGCCGUAUGAAGAACUUCGUUCAUACCUACAAAGGAUUCACUGGGAGCAUUAGCGAUUUACAUUUAGAUGAAAGUGGAAAGUAUCUCGUGUCGUCUUGCUUGGAUCGUUAUGUUCGAGUGCAUCAUACAGAUUCCUGUGUCAUGAUGUAUCAGUGUUAUGUUAAAUCAAAAGCCACACGAGUCUUGAUUCGAAAGGGUGAAGAAAAAGAGAAGAAUGAAGAUGAUGAGAGUGUCCUGGUUAGAGUUGGAAGGGGCGAAGAUGAAGAAGAAGCUGAUGACGAUGCUGACGAACCACAAGAUAAAGAUGAAGAGUAUGAUGAGAUCUUCAAUAAUAUGCCAACUGUUGGCGACAAAGAUUCGGACAAUGAAGAUGAGAAGGAAAAAUCCACAGUUAAAAGAAAAGCUGAAGGCAAAAAUAAGAAAAAUAAAAAGAAGAAAAAGGAUGUUUGAGUAGAAAAUUAUUACUUGUGCUUUAGAAAUAAUUACAUAUUAAAGUUGAUUUUUUUUUCAAAACUA